AGCAUCAUUCUCUCACUGCAAUGUUCUUUUAUGAAUACAGAUUUCUAGCUGCUGUUAAACUGGGUAGCCUCCUGUAUAUAAUCCACAAAGUUUGAUGUUUAGCCAGCACUUUUUCUUUUUUUUUAAAGCUGCAUAAAAUAGUGUUUUUACUUCAAGUAUUUUAGCUUGGGAUCCCUUCACUGCUCUCUUGUUUUUUUUUUUUUUUUAAAUGACAGCACUUUAACUCAUCCGUGUCUUUGAUAUAUUACCGAAAAGGAUUACAACAACACCGCUCACUUUACAGCCUGGCGCAUAGUUUGUUUUUGACAGUGAAAGGUUCAUGAGAAAGUUAUAAGGAGUCACUCUGUAAUUCUAAAACCUCCAAUACCUCGCUGCCAUAACAUACAUAUACACAGGGCUGUUUAAUGUGUGUCUGCACAAACACAACCAACUUUCGCCUAUCAUCUCUUGUUAUUUGUCCUAAGAAUGCAUCUUUCUGUACAGGAAACACUUCAAAUAGAGUCCACUGGCUAAAUCAUCAAGGACACAUGAUAUUCCUUUUUUGGCAGCGUGAUCCCAGAGAAAGGAAGGCAGGAAGAUAAAACUCUCAUCCUCAUGCGUUUGACCACACAGUAACACAAACCGACCGAGAAAUAUGUUGGUUGUGGAUUUGUUCUACUGUGGAGCGUUGAUGCUUUGCUGGACCAGGCUCUACAUGGCUUUGAUCCUGCCAAACAACCCCACAAUGACAGGAAAUCAUCCCAAAUCAAGCAGCACAGAGACAGGAGAUGGUUUGCAAAUAACAAAUGCAUCAAUAAGGACCUCAUCAGCCUCCACAGUUUCCAGAGAUGCCCCUCAACUCCCACCGUGCUUUGUGGACAAUAUAUUCGCAGCACUGAGUGAAGGUGUGGGUCACAAUGGGGAACUCCCAAAUCACACCUUAACUAUGUUUGGAAUCUGUACAGAAUCUGACAACACAUCAGGCUCUGUGUUGUUAGAUCUUGUUAAGGAAGUCAGCAGAAACCAGAGAAAUGGAUUGAAGGUUUUGGAUCUAUCUGGAGGGCUGUUGUUAGAAGGAGAAGAGAGUGGAUCACUCAAGUUGGCCUUCCAGCUCCCACAUUCUCAUUUGCUCAAGCCAAGCCCUGUGUUGCUCUUAGCUUUUGAAAGUCCCCUCGCAGGAGAAAAACUGGAUACUACUUUCACGAGUGAGUCACUGCAUCCUAACACACAGACCGUGUGCCUUUCAGCAGAAACACAAUACAUAAUGCUGGCAGGAAAAGAAUCAAAGGGCAAAGUCCACAACACAUGGAGGAUUAACGCUGAGACCUGUUCCCCUGUUAUGAAGCAAAGGCUGAAAGACAUCCUCAUUGGUGGACAAUCAGGAAGUAACAAUUGCAUGAUUCCACUUCUGCUUUUCUCCGGGGAAAGAGGAACUGAUACAAGAAAUGCACACAUUUCAGGUUCCUCCAUGACCCCCUCACAUACCUCCUCCUUCCUCUGCGAGCUGAAGCGGUUUCUGGAUGAUGUCCUGCCUCUGGUCCAUCCUGGUUCCCCUCAGCUCCAGCUUGGCUCCCUACAGUCUCUACCUCCUCUGACACUAGGACUUUCCUCCAGUGAGACCCUGCUGGCAGGACUGAUCAACUCCUCUGCCCUUACCAUCUUCUCUUUCUCAAGCUGGAGCUCCAGGUUUCCGAUGCAUCACGGAGAGUUGUCUCUGUCUCCUGCACUGCUUGAGGAGCUCAGGCAGAGGUUGGAGCAAACUGUGGAGAAGAUAAUGGCGGUAAUAAGGGAGGAAGAUGUGGGUCACAAAGCCACAGAGAGGCUUGGGAGGCUCAAAAAACACAGUGUACUUCUGAAGAAGGAGCCAGAAGCAGGAGAGAGCCAGUACUGUGCAUUCCUUUUGCUGAAGGCCCUGCAGACGGUGGCCCGAGCAUACGAGGUGGAGAAAAAACUGCGCUCCACCAGGGCUGGCCACAACAACUCAAUGGGUGGCAACGUAUGUGGGCUGAGGAGCCUCACUGUGUCCCUUGAAAGGACACUUGUUGGUCCUAACACCGCUAACAUAAACAACUGCCAUGGCUCGUGUGCUUUCCCCCUGGUCAACGGCAACAACCACGCCAUCCUUCUCAACAUCCACAUUGAGAGUGAGAAUGUGGACGAGAGGGCGCCCUGCUGUGUGCCUCUGGCCUACGAACACCUAGAGGUGGUGGACCUGAACCAACAUGGGACUUACCUCUCCAUUAAACCAGAUGUGGUGGCAAAGGAGUGUGGGUGUCGCUGAAGCAGUUUUUAUUGACAUCUUGUAAAAUUCCUGAUCAAUGCAUGUUUGGAGGAGGAAAAACACUUUCAUUGAAUUAUUGCUCAGAUGUAAUUUAUUUAGUCACAGGGUUUGCUUUGUAGUCAGUGCACACAUUUAUUCACAGAGGUUGCUUUAAGUUAUGUACUUUCACACUGAAACAUUGUUUUUUAUUACACAGUAGACGAACAAAGCACAUUGUCACGACAAGAGCUUAUCAUUUAUUGACACAAAAUUGUUCCAUGAGAGGUCUUUGUCUUAGGUUGAAUGUACACAUUAUCCUCACUGUUAAAAAAAAGUAUUUAUCCAAGAAGUUAUUUGAAAGUAAAUAUAUCAUGGUAUGAAAAUUUAUGUAACAUUCUGUAUCUUUAUAUUAAUAAAAGUAAGGUAUAUUAAAUA